UGCUGCUGAGUAUCGAUCUAUGGCGCGGUGGCUAUAAGGCAGCUGUAUGAAACAGCGACAUUCCCAAUCAAUAAAAUACCUUCAUUCGCCCGAGAACCUACCAUGAAAGGAGGAACAACGGCUAAAACAGUGUAGUCGUCAUUGUAUGUGCAUGAGACGGAAUGGAAUGAAGCCAGGACACUGAAAACAGUGAUGCAUGCCAUCAGUCGUUAUUUAACUUGGACAGAUCUUUCAAGGAGUAUAUAAUAAAGUAUGUGACGAGUUAGAUGGCUGACAAGACUUCGCGAUCAAAGUUUGACACGAUGACAGUGCGGCAAAGCAUCUGUUUGUUACUGUGUUUGUCAUGUUGGACGGUUAGAGGUUACCCCGGGGAGGAGAAGAGGGACAUGGGUACGCUGGAGGGCGACGUACAAAACUGGGCCAUGCUGAUUCAGAACUACAUUCUACAGUUGGCCAGUGAUGGUAUCAAACGAGACUUCUCACAGAGUUACCUCGACGAAGCCAGCUACACAAUGGAGGUGAAAAAUGGAACUGAAAUUGUUGUACAGGUCAAGAAAACUCUGGGUUCUUACUUUGAGAAGAAAAAACUUGCUGCCCAGAGGUUAGCAGACAAGGUGAAGGAACUCUAUGACAAUUUUAUGAACCUGAAUAUGACUGGCCCCUUCGUGGACAGUCUACCACUGCUGGACAGGAAGCAUUACAGAGACUCCGAUAUCCCAGGCACCCUUCCAAGUGACCUCACGUUUGUCCCGUAA